AUCAAGAAUUUGUCCCGCCUCGUUAGCUCGCAACUGAGCAAAAAGAAGAAUAAGAAAUACAUUUGCGAUAGAUGCCUGCACUAUUUUAGUUCGAGCGAAAAGUUGGAGGUCCACACUGUUGACUGUGGGGAGAUGAACGAAUGCGCGAUCAGGUUACCAAGCGAAGACAACAAGUGGCUGAGUUUUAACAAUUACAGCAGGAAGGAACGUGUCCCGUUUGUCGUGUAUGCCAACCUGGAAUGUAUCCUGACAAAAAUGGAAAGAGAUCCUGAAACACCGAGCUACAAAUAUCAACAUCAUCAA